GACCGCGUGGGGGCAAAUUUCAAGAGGCCGCGUAACAGUCUUUUUUCAAGAAGGCGUUCCCCGAGGUACGGUCCCCUGCCGGCUGUUUCCAGCCGCCCUGGUGCAUCCUCGGGAGGCCGGGUCCGGCUCUCUCGGCCUUCCUGAUCGCUCCCCAACCUUGGGGCGCGCGCCGGGGACGCGUUCUCGAGCACCGGAGACUCUGGCCUGGCAAGGGGCGGUCCAUGGCGCCGCCGAACAGGACCGGGCGCGAGAGGAGGAAACCCAAGCCCGUGAGGUUCGCGGACGUGGCCGUGUACUUCUCCCCCGAGGAGUGGGGGUGUCUGCGGCCCGCGCAGCGCGCCCUGUACCGGGACGUGAUGCGGGAGACCUACGGCCAUCUGUGCGCCCUCGGAUUCCGAGGCACCAAGCCAGCCCUCAUCUCCUGGGUGGAGGAAGAGGCUGAACUGUGGGGUCCGGAUGCCCAGGAUCCAAAGGUGGCCGAAUGCCAAACAAAAGUAGAUACAGAUUCCAGAAACAAGAAAGAAAAGGGACAAGCAGAAGGGACUGAGGCAUUGGAGAAGAUCCUUUCUGUGGAUGCUGGGCCUCUUGGGCUCCCUAAUGGUUUGGAGCAGCCGUCCAGGCCACGUUGCCGGGGUCGCCCCCUGCUCUGUGUCCAUCUCCCUGUCCCACGAGCAGACCAGCGACAUGGUUGCUAUAUAUGUGGAAAGAGUUUUGCUUGGCAUUCCACUCUGAUGAGGCACUUGUACGAACACACAUUUAAGAAGCCCUACUAUUGCUCUGACUGUGGCAAGGGCUUCAGCCAGUCCUCUUCUCUGAACAAGCAUCGGGCUUCCCACCUUGAGGAGCGGCCCCACCACUGCCCCCACUGUGGCCGGGCCUUUUCCCUGCGUGGUAAUCUCAUCACCCAUCUACGGGUUCAUACGGGAGAGAAGCCCUACCGCUGUGCUGACUGCGGCCGCUGCUUCAGCCAGAGCUCUUCCCUCUGGCAGCACCAGCGGGUCCACAGUGGCGAGACCCCCUACCCCUGCCCAGAUUGUGGCCGUGCCUUUGCCCAUGCCUCAGACCUUCGGCGCCAUGCUCGUACCCAUACGGGUGAGAAGCCCUACCCGUGCCCAGACUGUGGGCGCUGCUUCCGACAGCGCUCCGAGUUGGUAGUCCACCAGCGAACCCACAGUGGCGAGCGUCCUUACCCCUGUCCUCAGUGUGGCAAGUGCUUCAGUCAGAAGUCAGCUGUGACCAAGCACCUGUGGGUCCAUAGGCCUGAUGCUGGGGUGCGAAGGCACAGGGUUGCCAGUGGGUUGCCUGGGCCCCUGACCCCUGGCCAAGGGAACCGGGACCCACCUGUGGGCUUCCAGCACUAUCCAAAUAUAUUCCAGGAGUGUGGAUGAUGGCCUCAAUGGUGACAAAGCAAAAGAUGAAGAUUUAGAUGUCGCCUGAGGGCCAAACUGGUCUUAGGGGCCUGAACCUCUGGUGGCUCCAGGGAAGUCACCUCUGGACAUAGGGGAUGAGGACAGUUGUCUUGAGUCCUUACCAGCUUCAUUUGCUGACACUUUGCUCUCUACUGUUCCAGACUCUAGAAGCCCCCUUUGCUGAGUUAGGGCCGAAGCAAGCACUCCCACAACACCUCUGCUGUAGGUAAGAAAAGCUGUUUCACACGUGUGUUAAGAGGAUUCAGGUGAGGAGAACUUGGUUUUGUCCGUUGUCUUUUUACUGCAGAAAUUAAAAACUGAAGGCCUUGUACUGAAUGUGGUCUAUUAGUUGCCUUUUUAAUUUGUCAGGCUCAGACAGCAUUUUAAAAAAAUUAAAGAAUAUUGGUCAAGAUGUAAGAGUCAGAAUACUUCAUACAAAAGUCGAGAUUUCUGACUUACCUUGAAAAAUCCAAAGAUUUGGCAACAUGACCUCAGCGCUCAUAAAACAACAGUUGACAGCUGCCUCCUGGGGAUGAAGCUGGUGUCUGUUCUCUCCAGUAGCUUGUCUGCUGCUGCUUACCAGCUCCUUGCCAGCAGCUAGCAUUCUUUGUGGCUUCCUAGUGGUUCUGGGAAAGCAGACCAUCUCCUGGGAGUUUCCACUCAUUCAGAUGACCUGUGUGGUUCCUAGUGCCACUAGUGGCACACCAUGGUUUUCAGCAAUCAAGUUUUCCUGAAUUGGGGAUUCAGGUAGAGAGUAUAUAUGUGAAAGGGUGACAGGAGAGAAGUAAAAACAGGUUUGCUUUACAUAUCUUUGCUUGUCUUUUAUGGUUUACAAACUACCAUCUUUUAUCAUCAACUCAUUCACCCUAGUAACUGCCUGAGAAAGGAAACCUCCUGUUUGGAGAACACAGCAUAGUCAGGAGGAGCAAUCAAGAAUCUUUUGCCCUAAACUAAGUUGUGUUUCUACCAUUCCAUAGCACACUCUGCUGACUGGCAGCUCCUGUGUUUGAAGGGGAAGGUCACCCUGAAACCACCCUCCAGUGUUUAGGGCCUCCUGGGAGAGUCCUGCAAUUAAGGCCUAACCACCGUUGACCCUGCCAGGGGGUCCUCAUCAUGUUUUUUUCUUUUGGAAGAGAUCAUAGCUCUUUCAUUCUGGCACUCGGGACACCAAGACCGGGUGCCCAUUCGUACAAGACUUCAGUCUUCUUAGUUUCUUGCUGUCUUUAGCACACUACUCCUGAGCCGCUUGCCAGUGUCUCUGCCUGAGAUCUGGAGGCAUCUGCUGCUUCCUGCGAUAACUCCGUGGCACUGAACUGGAGUGGGAAUGGACUGAUCCAGGGUCAGUGAAGCCCAAGUGUGAAACUAAUGACAAAGCCACCGCAUAGUAUACCUGGGGAGAAACCAGCCCCAGGUGAGAGUUUCCGGGCAAACAAAAGCAGAGCUCACGUCUUCACUCUGUAGGUAAACCACUGUCGUGGACAAAGCAGUAGGCCAAGAACAUUUGGGGUUAGUAGCCAAAGGAACUGCACUCAUUUACAUUUCCCAGCUCUGCCCAGAAUCUUUCCCCUCUGACCUGUGACUCCUUUCUCCAUCUACCACUGACCCAGUUGGUCAGAGUCCAGCCUGGUCCCGGCACAGACCCUGCCCUUCCUCUAGUUGGGGUGACGCUGCACCUCAAAGAGCAGUAGCAAGAGCUUAUAUCUUCUGCUGGUGUGUGCACACUUGCCUUCCUCAGCUGAGUCUGGUUUACUUUAGAGAGGAAGAAGCCAAACUUGCAACUUGGAGAAAUGUCUAGAGAGGUAAAAAAUUGGGGGAAAAGGUUAAGUAAUAAACUGUCUUGAUUCCAACUGGAUCUUUAAACCUGACCCCAUCAAGGUCUCCCUCACCCUAAACUUUUCUGAGAGGACUGGCUUGUGUGAUACCAUGUCGCAAGGGAAAACUGAGUUGAAAAGAGGCACCUUGGCAGCUUGAGCUACCUUUGUACCAGCUUUAAAUUCCCUGAAGAAGCCAGUGUACAACCCACCCCCUCUCCUAACCCUUGGCACUGCCUGUGGAAAGGCUGACUCGUAACACCAGUUCUCAGCUCGCAUUCAGAUCUGCAUCCUGCUUGCAACUUGCCAAUUAAAGGUACCAUAAUUACUGCUUUCUCUGAGUACUUUGAAGUUGACAAAACUUGCAGAGGGCCCAAAUACCAGACCUGACUCCUCUGCUUCCUGCCCUCAUCACCUAACUUUCCACCAUUAUGUUCCGGUGCAGACUCACUUCACUCCAAGCUGCUCAUUUCUUUUUUUUUUUCUUUUUUCUUUUAAAGAUUUGUUUUUAUUUAUUUAUACAAGCACUGGGUACAGUCAGAAGUGCA